AAUGAAAUAUUAAUAUUUUUGCAUUCCAAUUGAACAUUAUCUGCGAUAAUGGACGUGAUAACGGUAAAAUAUCAAUGCCAACAUAUCAUUGAAAUUCAAUAUUUCUGUCAACAAAGCAGUAAAAAAGUUUUAAUCCUUCUCGAUGAAAAUUUUUUAGUAUUCAACAUUUAUAAUAAAAUUAAUGCAACGGUAUGUACAUUUGAGCGUUUUGAAUAAUAUACAAUUUAAUUAAUAGUUUAGAAAAAUUCAAAUCGAUUAGAAUCAUUUUUACAAGUUUUAGAUAAAUUUAUAUUUGACAAAAUUCAAGAUAAUCGUGAUAAUUUCUCAGAAGCGUAUUAUAGGUAUAUGUAUUUCCUUGCAAUCUACUUCGUAUGUACAUACAUAUAUGUAUACGUGCGCGUGUCAAGUAUAUUCGUGGAAUCAGCUGAUCGGGGAACGCUGCUCGUGCUAAUCGUCCUCUGAUCAUUUCGCACAAUUGGAACGAUGUCGUAUAUUUAGUGUAUACAUGUGUUAGCAUUGUACGCAUCGAAUUAUUCUAUUAUGAGCAAAGUUACAUCAUGCGAAACAGUCAUAGAGCAUUAAUUGACGUAUCUUUGCCAGUGAUGAGGUUAGGACGACUGCAUAACAUAACCUCACACAAGUGUAAACAAACGUUCGCGGAAAGCAAUGAAGAGUAAUUAAAUAAUUAAUGGUGCGAUUUCCCACUGUAUAUAACUUUUAAUAUACCCUGUUAAUUAUUUUCUUUAUAAUUAUUGUGUUGUUUUAAUAUGCGAUUAAUAAAAAUUAAGAGCAACGUCAAAGUACACCAAGAAGAUAACUAAAUGAUCUUACAUAAUAAAACUAUAACGAUAUCGAAUAUUAUGUACUAUUUACACAGUUAGCAAUUAUUACAUUAUUAAGUGUACGAAAUUGACAAUAUUUUUGCAAAAUGCAUUGCAUACGCAAGAUCCUAAGUAUUGCACAGCGGAAUCUGCAAGUAUCAUGCAACCAAGUUGAUACAAUUUACAAGAGCUCGGGAAUACCGCUACGAAAUAUCGUUUGUCGUUUCAAUCACGACUCCGAGGAAUGUGUAUCCGCGGAAGGUGAGAGGGACCAGGAGUACGUCAGGCUCACCAGUCAUUAUUUAGGCAUUGCAGUCGGUGGGCACAGGACGUUUGUUUUACAGCCGUACAUAAAAUGGGGCAGGGACAAGAAGAGGAACACCUCGCCGGAGCUGCAAAUGGCCGAGGCUGUGGCGCUGAUAAACAGUCUGCCUAACUGGUGCGUAGUCGGUGCGAAGUACGCCCCGUUACUCUCGUUGCAGAAGAAGCAACUGCUGGGCACCGGCUCGAUGGAGGACUUGAAGAAGGAAUUAGGUAAAUGCGGUAACCCCACUGCCGUAUUUGUUAGCACCAAUAUGCUGAAAUUCGUUCAGAUCAGCCGACUGGAGAAGAUCCUCGGUCUACCGGUGUACGAUCGUUACUCCAUAGUCAUCCACAUAUUCCGCGAGCACGCGAAGACUGCAGAGGCGAAAUUGCAGGUGUCCUUGGCGGAGAUACCGUACAUUCGGAAGAAAAUACUUGAAACGAGCGUCACCCGCACCGGCGCGAUAAACGUGACGGAGGAGUCGAAACUGUUCCUUGACGGUAAAGAGAGGAAAUUGAGGAACGAGCUGAAGAAGUUGCAGCAGCAUCGACGAACAAUCAGGAGUCAGCGUAAGAGGCACGGCUUCCCCACGGUCGCCGUGGUCGGUUACACGAACGCGGGGAAAACAUCCUUGAUAAAAGCGCUCACGGAUGACGGCGCUUUACAACCCAGAGACAAAUUAUUCGCGACUCUCGACACGACCGCGCACGAGGGCAUUUUGCCCAACAAGUUAAAAAUUUUGUACAUGGACACCAUUGGAUUCAUUCAGGACGUGCCGGAAACUCUGAUCGAACCAUUUGUUGUGACCCUGGAAGAUGCCAUGAUUGCUGACGUGAUAGUUCACAUAUAUGAUGCCAGUCAUCCCGACAUGAAGGCGCAAUAUCAGCAUGUUCAGAAGACGAUAAAACCCAUGUUGGACUCUCGUCCAAUAAUUGACGUUGCCAAUAAGUGCGAUCUUGUUCAAGGCGACUGCAUACCUGAGGAUGCGAUUGCCGUUUCCGCUAAGAAUCUGACAGGAAUCGAUUUGUUGCGCUUGAAGAUACAGGAAGUCCUUUUAGCCACCACCGGACUAUUAAGCAUACGCGCGAGGGUAAAAGCGGGCAGUCCUGCGGCCAGCUGGUUGUACAAAAUGACGACAGUGACAAACGCCGAGUCAGAUCCGGACGACGCUCAGUAUUUAAUUAUGAAAGUGAUCGCCACUUCGGUCGAUAUUCAGAAGUUCAAGAAAUUUUUAAAGCAAUAAAAAAGUUUAUACCACA